AUGGAGAAAUUAAACACUGGAGAUGGUCAACUUUUCAUAAAGAAUGUCGCUAGCUACGUUCGCACCCACGAGAAGGCGCUCGCCAAUGCACUACAGCUCCGCCGCCAACCUACCAAAAAUACCAUCCCCCAAUCACCCAGUGGUCCUUUGACCCCUGGAAGCUCCUUUGCCUCGACUUCAUCAACCCUGGCUGCGGCCUUCUCAUCCGCAGCAUUAAAAUUCAUGUCGCAGAAUGUCAAAACCGCUAAAUUGACCCUAACCCCCCACCACCUUUUCUAUCUUCUCUCCCGGUUUGAAGAAUUGAGCAUUGCCGUGGGCCCGAUGAACAUCCGACUGGAGAAUAUCCACACCGAGGUUUCGCAGUCCUACGUCUCAUUCCUGAACAAACCCCAACGGGCUCGGGGUGAUGGGGCUUCCAUUCAUUCGGUUUCCAGUGUUCGUAGUGUCAUGUCUGGUAUGACCGACCUCUGGUCAUCCUUCCGCCUUGGAUCCAAGGAGACCCCGACAAAAUCGGAAAGGGCCAAGGCCGCCUUGGAAACGGACCUGAAGUACUUGUACUCUGCCUUUACCAAGAUCCCUUGUCUACGACUUGCCCCGGACCACCGCGCCCCCCUAAUCUCUGGAUAUGAAGAAUUUCCUUUCGAUACGGCUGUGCCGCUGCAUUCCUUUAAGAAUUUGAGCGCUUUAGAGAUUAUUGAUUUAGACUACCGUUCUUUCUAUGGCUGGGACAGAUUGUCCGAGCAACUGCGCACCUUGACCCUGAAGAGAGCCCAUCUGGAUGAUCCGGCUGAUUUGUUGACGAGGAUCGUGUUGGAUGACAUUGAUAAACGACGCCGGCGGUCGGCCAAAUCCCAACAAUCGCCUUCAUUAGGGUGUGCCUCUUCCAGCAGUCAGCCAGUCCACACUCCCGACCAGGCCAGCUCCAUCUCGGCCCCCGGGUCUCCUAUUGUGGACACAGCAUUCGGAACCAGCACCAGUCCCAAGUCCAUUCCGAUGAUGCGAGGUGGCUCCGAGGGCGCCAGAAUUCGCACCAGAGCGGGGAGCAUUUCUCCAACCCGACCGACCACGAAGCACAGCCACCGUCGAGGCCAGUCAAAACAAAUUCGACGCACCGGCUCCGCAAGUUCUGAAUCCAGCGAGGCUUCCAAUAGCUAUCGCAAUGGAAGCUCUACGAACCUUCUUGCAGACGUCCUCUCGCCUUCCAAAUGGCGGUUCCUACGACACCUAGGUCUUCCAGAGAACUCCCUAACAUCCGUCUCUGCUGCUAGUCUUGCGCCUGUGGCCAACAGUCUCAACUCGCUUGAUCUGUCCUCUAAUCUUUUGACGGAAAUUCCCGACGGUCUGGCAUCACUGGUGGCAUUGAGAGCGCUCAACCUGUCGCAUUGUAUGAUUGACUCUCUGCACUCACUUACCCGGAACCCUCUCCCCGCCAUCACGGUUCUCACCCUUCGCGGAAAUCGCCUUCGUUCACUCGCAGGCAUUGAGCGGUUGCUCUCCUUGGAAAGAUUGGAUCUUCGUGACAACAACCUCACGGACCCGACAGAGAUUGCGCGGUUGACCAGUCUUCCUGAAAUACGGGAGAUCUGGGUGGCUGGCAAUCCAUUUGUUAAGACCCACUCUGGAUAUCGAGUUACGAUCAUGAAUCUUUUCCGCCGGACACCUGGUUAUUCCGAGGAUAUUAUCAUCGAUGGCAGAGGACCUGGCUAUACUGAGAGGAAGCAACUUGUUGAACGAGUUGCAGAGCCUCAGGCUGCACCCGUCGUGCGUUCCAGUGCGGCGGACGAAUCAACAGUUGUACAGAAGUCUACUCUCUCGAAAGUCCCUCACGAUCUCGCGAUUUUCAAACCCGAAGAAGACGAGGGAGACUUGCAGAUGAAUGGUGCGCACUUGAAGGAGCUUGACGGGGGAACCAAUCGUCGCAAAAAGCUCCAACGCCGCAGGAUAGUUGACAUCUCGGCGGAUAACCCAUUUACCACCGAUGGUUUGGGUAAUCCAGGAAGCACUGCUCUUCCCGUUCUUCCCGUGCAGCAAAUCCAACCAUCCCCUGAGCGUCCGCUUGUCGUUCCCGUUGACCAGCCGUGGAGGCUUGACAGCGCCGCACAGUCCGGAUCAUCAAGCAUCCAAAGCCCCGCUAAGACAUUAUGUACGCCUAGUUCUCCUCUUGUACAAGCUUCGCAAAACAAAGAGAGGACUAUGGACGAAGAGUUCUGCCACCAACAGCUGGAAGUGCUUCGCCAGGACUUGCGGCACAAUUGGCUUACCGUCCUUGGAGAGAGUGACUGGGAUAACUCCCACAAAGACUAUGCGCAUAGCUCUGGGGCAGGGUUGGAUCAUUCAGCUCAUAUUUCCACGCCAUCACUCACCCGCUCUACAACGCAAGCGAUCCUGAGCGGACAUGCCUUUAGCGGAUAA